UGGGUUAAAGGGAAAGGCAGCAGCUGGGAAUGGCUUCAGUGAAGCAAGAACAAGAAAAGUCUGUGGGCACUGAGAAUCUGACAGAAAAACAGAAAAUGCAGGAAAUAACAUGUCAGGCAGCACCUGUGGAGGGAGAAAUGCCAAGCUGGCAUUUCACGCUGGUGAUCUUUCAUAAGAUGGAGGAACCUUUGAACCGGAGAAAUACUCAAGGCUGUUUGUCGGGAACACUCUGGGUUGCCAAGAGCAAGUCAAAGUCCAUCCUUGUGCAGAUGAUGAGCGCAGCCGGAACUGGGUACUGCUUCAACGCAAAGCGGAGUCGACUCCGGGACAAGCUAGUCCUAAGGAAGCAUGAUCCUAGAGUGAACAAGCAUGUCCUUUUCUUUGAAAAAAGGAAAAUCAGGUCAAUCUAAUCUAGGAAGCUUAAGUGGACUGGCUUUGAACAAGGACUUUUUAGGAUCCGAGCAAGAUUUCUUGGAACUGGAAUGAAUGCAGGUUGUACUUCUGACGUGAUGUGAAGGGUGAAGGUGACAUUUCAAUGGAAGACAAUAAAACUAGAGGGGACUCACUCUGUUGCACUUUUAUUUAGAAGUUGUUAUCUGUAAAAUGUACAAUAAAGAUUUUGGAU